AUGGCCGAUUACAAGUUGAACCAGCAGACACGGGAGCAGACGCGAGCGUUCAUUCAAGGUUUCCGCACUGUUAUAUCGGAAAACUGGGUCAGGGUCUUUUCGCCACCUGAACUGCAAAGGCAAGUUGUCUUUUUUUUCUCAAAAGUUAUUUCAGGAGAAGAUACAGACUUUGAUAUUGCGGAUCUGCGUCAACAUGCAGUUUAUCAAAACGGAUAUUUCGAUCACCACCCCAUUAUCCGUACACUUUGGCAAAUAGUAGAAGAGUUCUCUUCCGAAGAGAAACGGGCUUUUCUCAAGUUUGUGACUAGCUGUCCAAAGCCUCCUUUGGGUGGAUUUGAUUAUCUUCAGCCACCAUUUACGAUACGUAUGGUCACUGUAGAUUCAGAUCCCAGCCAAGGGACUGUGGAUGGGUUAGGACUUGUCAAAACUUUGUUUAAAGUCGGUAAUGCUGGAGGUGCUGCGAAGGCUGGUCGACUACCAUCCAGUUCCACAUGCUUCAAUCUUUUAAAACUGCCAGCCUACACCAAGAAGUCACUGUUAAGAGAAAAAUUGAGAUAUGGUAAGAAAACUAUUUUCGUCACCAUCUCUAAAAGGAAGAGUCUAGAACGACCCAGCAUAAUAUGCUUAUUAUAUCUAUUGUUUACGUUCAUUAAAUUUAUAGCCAUCCAUUCAAAUACUGGCUUUGAAUUAAGCUAA